UAUGAGCUUCGUAUUCACACCGGCGGAGCUUCAGCUCAUAGCUCCAUCAUCUCUGGAGUUUUCCUCUCCAUCUUCUCUCCAUCUUCUCCUGUUUCCGGUGUCGGGUUUAAUCACAGCGCAGAGCUUUCCUGGAUCUUUGUUUCUUUGUAUCUGAAGCCUUUGAUGGAGAUUAAAUGAGCGGCUCUUUGGGAAGCGGGCUGAGGAGGAAAGUUGCCUGUGAUCGGAACACCAGCGCGGAUAAACCUGACCGUCUGUGGAUUCUGGAAGUCUGAAGCUUCUGGGGAUUUCUUAUUACACGAGGAUGUGUUUUUAAAAGGAAGUGAUGAUCAGAUUUCCGCGGAACACACAGUGUGGGGAAUAACUGCUGUCCCUCUGAGAUGUUCGAGAAGUUGUUAAACUGGAUGUGAUUCGGUUCCUUUUCCAUCUGAGCAGCAGGACGUGCUGACGUCACAGCUUUAUAACAAACACAUACAUACACACUGAAACAGAUAAUAAACUAUAAAAGUGUACCUGUGCUGCAUACCGAACUGUACUGAACCACGUGACCGCUCGUGCUCCUGAAGAUGAUGAAGAUGAUGAGGGAGUAAUUACAGUUAAUUGUUAAUUCAUCAUAGUUAUAAAAAGUGUGUGAUGGAGUGUGUUACACUGACCGACUGUGAGGAAGUCCCGUUCUUUUGGAUUUAACUAACACACACACACACACACACACACACACACACACACACACACACACUUAUUGUGAAGGAUACACACAAAAGCACAAGAUGAUGAUGAGCCUAACGUGUGUGUUACUGGUUCUGCUUUUCCACUACGGAGCUGCUCAAGAUGAUGUGCCCCCGUACUUUAAGACAGAACCGGUACGUUCUCAGCUGCACCUGGAAGGAAACCGGUUGGUUCUCACCUGUAUGGCAGAGGGUAGCUGGCCACUCGAAUUCAAAUGGAUUCACAACACCACUGAGCUCACGGCAUUCUCCCUGGAGUACAGGUAUCUGAUCCCCUCUCUGGAUAGGACUCAUGCUGGUUUUUAUCGCUGCAUUGUGCGGAAUCGUGUUGGAGCUCUGCUGCAGCGCAGGACGGAGGUGCAGGUGGCCUAUAUGGGUGCCUUUAAUGACUCUGUGAGGUCAGAGAGUGUGUCUCAGGGAGAUGCUGCUGUGAUUAAAGCACCAGAGAUCCACAGCUUCCCUCAGCCACAGGUCACAUGGUUCCGAGAUGGCAGGAAGAUUCCCCCAAGCAGCCGCAUUGCCAUCACUCUGGAUAACACACUGGUCAUCCUCUCGGCUGUGGCUCCAGAUGCUGGACGUUAUUAUGCUCAGGCUGUAAAUGACAAGAAUGGGGAGAAUAAGACGAGUCAGCCAGUCACACUCACUGUAGAGAAUAUCGGUGGUCCUGCAGACCCCAUCGCUCCCUCCAUUGUUUUCCCUCCCAGGAACACAAGCGUUGUUUCUGGAACCUCAGAGGUCACCAUGGAGUGUGUGGCCAAUGCCCGGCCGUUGAUCAAACUGAGUAUAAGCUGGAGGAGGGAAGGUGUUCCUGUGCGUUCAGGUCUGAGUGACUUUAAUCGCAGGUUGACCCUCCUCAGUCCCACCAUCACUGAUUCAGGAUUUUACGAGUGUGAGGCAGAGCUACGGAGCAGUAGUGUACCGUCCGUUAGUGCUGGAGCAUUUCUGAAUGUGUUGGAGCCUCCACAGUUUGUUAAGGAACCAGAGAAGCACAUCACUGCUGAGAUGGAGAAGGUGGUGGACAUUCCUUGCCAGGCAAAAGGUGUUCCCCAACCUGAUAUUGUGUGGUAUAAGGAUGCAGUUCCCAUCAGUCCAUUGAAGAAUCCUCGUUAUCAUGUUCUGGCUGGUGGGAGUCUACAGAUUAAUGGCCUUCUGCCUGAUGACACUGGAAUGUUCCAGUGUUUUGCUCGCAAUGCUGCUGGAGAAGUGCAAACCAGCACCUACCUUGCCGUCACCAGUAUCGCACCUAACAUCACUGCAGGUCCAUCAGACAGCACAGUGAUUGAUGGGAUGUCAGUCAUUAUGCACUGUGAGACAGCAGGAGCUCCACGGCCUGCUAUCACUUGGCAGAAAGCUGAGCAUGUGUUAGCAAGUGGAUCGGUCCAGUUGCCGCGCUUCACCCUGUUAGAAUCUGGCAGCCUUUUGAUUAGCCCUGCCCGCCUAUCUGACUCGGGUAGAUACACCUGUACUGCAAGCAACUCUCGUGGCAUUGACCAGGCCUCAGCACACCUGGGGGUGUGGGCUCGUACCCGUAUCUCCAACCCACCUCAGGAUCAAAGUGUCAUUAAGGGCACUAAAGCCACCCUGACCUGCGGAGUGUCUCAUGAUCCCAGUGUUACUGUCAGGUUUGUGUGGGAGAAGGAUGGUCAGUUGAUUAACCCCAGGUCAUCUCCACGGAUACGGCUGGACACUAACGGUACGUUACACAUCUCUCAGACAUGGUCAGGUGACAUUGGAACCUACACCUGCAGAGUGACAUCACAGGGAGGAAAUGACUCUCACACUGCACACCUGAAAGUCAGACAGUUGCCUCACGCUCCAGAGAACCCAAGUACCAUACUAAGCUCCGUGGAGAAGAGAGCCAUCAACCUGACGUGGGCAAAACCUUUUGACGGAAACAGUCCUCUCAUACGCUACAUACUUGAAGUGUCUGAGAACAAUGCCCCGUGGAUGGUUCUUGUAGCAGAUGUUGACCCCAGUUCCACAGCACUGACAGUGAGGGAACUGACUCCGGCUCGGUCCUAUCAGUUCCGCUUGUGUGCUGAGAAUAACGUAGGAAGAGGAGCCUUUAGUACUGACACGAGACGCAUAUCUCUGCCCGAGGAGCCCCCCAGUGCACCCCCACAGAAUGUGAUCGCCAGCGGCCGUACUAACUCCUCCAUCAUGAUCCAGUGGCAACCUCCCCCUGAGAAUCAGCAGAAUGGUGCACUCCAGGGAUACAUCAUACGUUACCGUCUAACUGGUCUCCCAGUGGACAUCCAGUACAAGAACAUCUCCAAUCCAGAGGUGACCAACCUGCUUCUGGAGGACUUGAUCAUCUGGACCAACUAUGAGAUAGAAGUGGCAGCGUAUAACGGUGCUGGACUGGGAGUCUACAGCCACAGAGUGACGGAGUGGACACUACAGGGAGUCCCAACUGUUGCUCCAGGUGAUGUUCAGGUAGAAGCUGUAAACUCCACCACCAUACGCUUCACCUGGACUGCACCCAACCCUCAGUUCAUCAACGGCAUCAACCAAGGAUACAAGCUUUUAGCAUGGCAGGCGGGGCAGGGGGAGGAGCUUACACUUGUUACAGUUCGGCCGAAUUUCCAGGAUGGCGUCCACGUUGGCUUCAUCAGCGGCCUCAAGAAAUUUACAGAGUAUUUCACAUCAGUGCUGUGUUUCACCACACCAGGGGAUGGACCACGCAGCCCCGCCCAGAGAGUACACACCCACGAAGACACUCCCGGUGCUGUUGGUCAUCUGAGUUUCACUGAAAUUCUUGAUACGUCUUUGAAAGUCAGCUGGAGAGAACCGCAUGAGAAGAACGGCGUCCUCACCGGAUACCGUAUCUCAUGGGAGGAGUUUAACCGGACGAACACGCGUGUCACACACUACCUGCCCAACGUCACUCUGGAGUACCGCGUCACCGGACUUACUGCUUUAACUACCUACACCAUCGAGGUGGCGGCAAUGACGUCUAAAGGACAGGGACAACUGUCAUCAUCCACCAUUUCAUCAGGGGUACCACCAGAGCUUCCUGGUCCUCCAACUAACCUGGCAAUCUCCAAUAUUGGCCCUCGAUCAGUUACACUGCAGUUCAAACCAGGUUAUGAUGGAAAGACCUCCAUCUCUCGUUGGCAGGUAGAAGCACAGAUCAGUGUAAUUGGAGAAAACGAGGACUGGGUGAUGGUUCAUCAGCUGACAAAUGAACCUCAUGCUCGCUCAAUGGAAGUACCUGCUCUCAAUCCCUACACCUUCUACAGAUUUCGUAUGCGUCAGGUGAACAUUGUGGGCACCAGCCCACCCAGCCAACCUUCUAGAAAGUUCCAGACCUUGCAGGCUCCACCUGACAUGGCCCCACUUAACAUCACACUGCGCACAGCAAGUGAAACCAGCCUCUGGCUCCGAUGGGUGCCCCUGCCAGAGUGGGAGUAUAAUGGAAAUCCAGAGUCUGUGGGUUAUAAAGUGCACUAUAAUCGGAUUGGACCUCAUUCUAAAGUUCUAACCCACAUUAUUCUCGACCGUUUGGAGAGGGAGUUCACCAUUGAGGAUUUGGAGGAAUGGACCGAAUAUGAGGUCAAAGUUCGAGCGAUUAAUGGCAUUGGAGCUGGACCAUGGAGUCAACCUGUUCGAGGGAGGACCCGCGAAUCUGUGCCCUCCUGUGGUCCGUCUAAUGUCUCAGCUUUCUCCACAUCCUCGAGCAGUAUUCUGGUCCGCUGGUCUGAGGUUCCUGAGCCUGACAGAAAUGGUCUCAUCCUUGGCUAUAAGGUGGUGUAUAAGGAAAAGGAUUCAGACUCUCCUGUUCGGUUUUGGACAGUAGAAGGAAACACCACUCACAGUGCUGAGUUAACAAGUUUGGGGAAAUAUGUCCUCUAUCAGAUACAGGUUUUAGCGUUCACACGUAUCGGAGAUGGACUCCCAUCCUCUCCUUCGAUCCUGGAACGCACUCUUGAUGAUGUGCCUGGACCUCCAGUUGGUAUUUUGUUUCCGGAAGUACGAACCACUUCUGUCAGACUGAUUUGGCAAUCUCCUGCUCAGCCCAAUGGAAUCAUCCUUGCCUAUCAGAUUACGUAUCGUCUAAAUUCAUCCAAUAGCAACUCAGCGACAGUGGAUGUCCUGAACCCGAGUGCGCGGCAAUACACAGUGAACUCGCUAAAACCUGAAUCUGUUUACAUGUUCAGCAUCACAGCUCAAACACGCAAAGGCUGGGGGGACUCUGCUGAAGCCCUGGUGGUUACCACGGAAAAGAGAGCACGACCCCAGCCCCCUCGCCAUCUCAUGGUGCCUCAGGAGAGUGUGCGAGCACGAAGCGUAUUGUUGUCAUGGGAGCCAGGCAGUGAUGGUCUUUCUCCAGUUCGGUAUUACACAGUUCAGAUCAGAGAACUUCCUGAUCAGAACUGGACUGUCCAGUCAGCAUCUGUCAGUCACGAGGUGGUGCCCUACACUGUGGAAAGACUGAAGCCCUUCACCUCAUAUCAGUUUCGCGUAAAGGCCACUAAUGAUAUCGGAGACAGCAAUUACAGCGAGGAGAGUGAAGCGAUCACCACUCUGCAGGACGUUCCUGAUGAAGCUCCCAUCAUCCUCUCUGUUACUCCUCAUACCACUACAUCUGUUUUAAUUCGCUGGCAGUCUCCAUCGGAGGAGAAGAUUAAUGGGAUUCUACUUGGGUUCCAUAUUCGUUAUCGAGAGCUACUUUACGAAAGAUUGCGAAGUUUUCACAUCCAAAAACACUCUAGCUGGACCGAACUGACAUAUCUGUACAGUAUGAGGAACCUCAGUGAACCAUCCCUCAGCCAGUAUGAGCUGGACAAUCUGAGCAAACAUAAGCGUUAUGAGAUCAGAAUGAGUGUGUUUAAUGCAGUGGGGGAGGGGCCUGUCAGCAAACCACAGGAAGUGUUUGUUGGAGAAGCAGUGCCCACAGCACCACCACAGAAUGUUGUUAUCCAAUCAGCUACUGCAACACAGCUGGACGUGACAUGGGACCCGCCCCCUCUGGACAUGCAGAAUGGAGACAUACAGGGCUAUAAGGUAUAUUUCUGGGAGUAUGAACGUAAGAACGAGACUGAGAAGUUGAAGACACUAUUUCUGCCUGAUGGAGGAGUGAAGCUGAAGAAUCUGACUGGUUUCACCACCUACAUGAUCAGCGUCGCUCCAUUUAAUGCUGCUGGAGACGGACCACGCAGCCCACCCACCAGGGGGCGCACUCAGCAAGCAGCACCCAGUGCUCCAAGUUUUAUCCACUUCAGUGAACUCACCACCACGUCUGUGAAUGUGUCAUGGGCAGAACCAGUUUUCCCCAAUGGGAUCAUCGAUGGUUACCGCCUCGUCUACGAACCCUGCACCCCCAUUGACGGUGUGAGUAAGAUAGUAACUGUGGAUGUGAAGGGAAAUGCCCCACUGUGGCUGAAAAUCAAGGACCUGGUUGAUGGAGUUACCUACAACUUCCGUAUCCGUGCCAAGACUUUCACCUACGGGCCUGAGGUGGAGGCUAACAUCACCACCGGCCCUGGAGAAGGUGCCCCAGGGCCUCCUGGUGAACCAUUCAUCUCUCGUUAUGGCUCUGCCCUCACUAUACACUGGACAAGUGGAGAUCCUGGAAGAGCCCCUAUAUCACGAUACGUCAUAGAGGCCAGACCCUCAGAUGAAGGCCUGUGGGACAUUCUGAUUAAGGAUAUUCCUAAGGAAGUGACAUCAUACACGUUCAACAUGGAUAUCCUGAGACAGGGGCUGAGCUAUGACUUCCGAAUCAUCGGAGUGAACGACUACGGAUACGGAACACCGAGCCAACCUUCUCCUUCUGUAUCAGCUCACAAAGUGGCUCCGUUUUAUGAAGAGUGGUGGUUCCUGGUGGUGAUGGCAUUGGUUGGUCUGAUCUUUAUCCUCCUGCUGGUCUUCAUCCUCAUCAUUAGAGGACAGAGCAAGAAAUACGCCAAAAAAGAGAUUGGUAACAGUCCUAACUGUACCACUCUGAACCAUGGAGAAAUGGUGGGUCUGGAUGAGAGUCACUUUCCUACACUGGAACUGAACAACCGCCGCCUGUCCGUCAAAACCUCCUUCAACCGAAAGAACGGCAUCUACACCAGGUCCCCUCCUAGGCCGAGUCCCGGCAGUCUGCACUACUCUGAUGAAGAUAUAAACACUAGAUACAGUGACCUGAUUAAAGCCGAGAGCAGCAGCUUAACUGAGAAAAAAUCAGAGCUGUCUGAUUCACAGGGCAGUGAUAGUGAGUGUGAGGUUGACGCCACCCUUCAGAAUCAGACGCACUCAUUCGUUAAUCACUACAUCAGUGAUCCCACUUACUACAACUCGUGGCGUCGACAACAGAAAGGAAUCUCCAGAGCUCCGCCCUUUGCUUACAGCCAAUCAGAACUCACUGACCCCACUCCCGCUACUGGUCCUGCCUCCACUCCAGCCACACCCCCAAGCCCUGCCCAUGCUGAGCCUCAGAGCCUCUUCAGACCCAAAGGCAGUCGGACUCCCACUCCGUCACAGCAAAGCACCGCCCACUCCACUUUGUACCGCCCGCCAAGUAGCUUGGCCCCAACAUCUACACCCCGCCCACCCAGCAGCUUGACCCCAACAGCUACACCCCGCCCACCAAGCAGCUUGGCCCCACCCACCACACCCCGCCCACCAAUAGCUGGAUUUUCCUCCUUUGUCUGAUUGGUGAGUCACAGUGACUAGUGUUGUGUUACUACAAGGUCAGCCAUUUUCAGGCUCAGUCCCAGACACUACAGUCCACAUAUUUUUAGUUUUCUUGCUAGAAAUCUUAUAAGGCUUCAUCAUAAAUCAUAAGGUCUAGUUAGUAUUCUUAUUUAAAAUGUCUGACAUUAUAUACUUCUGUCCCAAACAGUAAUAUUUGAGGCUUUAUCCUAAAUUCUAGAAUUUUUUUGUGUUCUUGCAAGAACAUUUUAGGCUCUGUCCCAUACAGUAGAAUUUACACUCACCAUCCACUUUAAUAAGAACAAGUGUACAUGUAGGCAGUUAUCCAAUCAGCCAAUCGUCUGGCAGCAGCACAUCAAACAUCGGAAUGGGGAAAAAGUCUGAUCUCUGUGACGUUAUCCGUGGCGUGGUUGUUGGUACCAGAUGGGCUGGUUUGAGUAUUUCAGAAACUGCUGAUCUCCUGGGGGUUGAAGAUUAGAAAAAAAAAUCAUCUGGUCUUUUUCCAGUCUUCAGCUGUGCAGUGUGUGUGAGUCUGUGCCCACUUAUCUGACAGGAGAGGAGCCUGAUGUGGUCUUCUGCUGUUGUAGCUCAUCCACCUCACGGUUUGAUGUGUUGUGCAUUGAGAUGCUUUUCUGCUCAGCACGGAUGUAAAGAGUGAUUAUUUGAGUUACUAUAGACUUCCUUUCAGUUCAGAGCAGUAUGGCCAUUUUCCUCUUAUCUCUCAUUAACAUGGAAUUUCCACACACAGAACUGUCGCUCACGCAAUGUUUUUUUGUUUUUCACACCAUCCUGUGUAAACUCUAGAGACUGCUGUGUGUUAAAAUUCAAGGAGAUCAGCCGUUUUUGAAAUAUUCAAACCAGCCUGGUACUAACAUCCACACCACGGUUAAAGUCACACUGUAGAGAGCAGACUUUUUCUUCAUUCUGAUGUUUGAUGUGAACUGAAGCUCAUGACCUGUAUCUGCAUGAUUUUAUACACUGUGUUGCUGCCAAGUGAUUGGCUGAUUAGAUCACUGCAUGAAUGUGCAGGUGUACAGGUGUUCCUAAUAAAGUGGACAGUAAGUGUGUAUGCACUUGCUGUUUUUAGUUGUUAUGUCUGCUGUUCUCAGGCCCAUUGUUACAUCACCUCAUCGAUAAUCAUAAUAUUCCUACAGAAAUAUCAUUUGAUAGAGAAUAUUUUUGUUAAAUGCUGAGUAAAUAAGUGAAUUUAGGAUUGUAACACAGCCCAGUCACUGUGGCUCAAUACCCCUAGACACUUUAUAAGGACUGAACAGCACACACAUGAUGGAUGGAGGGAUUUCUUCUUCUCUCCUUUAUUCUCACUACAAUCUGACACCCAAGUCGUGUCCUGUCAUGUGAUUUGUUUACCUUUCUUUCAUGUUUUACUUGUGUGAAUGUGUUAAAGCACAGAUCUUUAAGGGUUUUUGGUAGCUGUCUGUGCUUCUGAUACACAGAGAUGCUGGAUCUAGGGGACUCUGGAGUAGGGAGUAGGGCGUGUGUCAGAAUCACAACAGUUUUAUUUACCAAUUACUAAAUCCUACAAAUACAAAACGGUUUAAUAAUACAGUAAUGUCUCAGCUAGUCUGGAAUGUUCCAGCUGUUAGCCAGUAAUUCUACUCUGUUACAGUCUGGAACCCUGCAGGUCAGAGUGAGCAUCCCUCUGAUGUAGUGUGCUCUGUGUUAGUGCACUACUUAGUGUACACAAUUCUCCAAUGUAGGGGCUCGGCUGAUUCUUGCUCUCUUUCUGUCUCAGGAAGGACACCACUGGAUAAAGGUAUAGAUAGAUGGUGGGAUCAGUGGAGUGAUGGGUAAUAGGCUGAUAGAUGGAUAAUGAGAGGGAUGAUAAAGGGAUGAAGGUUUAGGUAAAGGGAUGAUGGUGUGAUGGACAGAGGGUUAGUAUAGUAGUAGUAUUCCACAGUGUGUGAUUACUGUACAAGUUUGUUUAUUAUUUCCAUCACAAACACACAGAUUGUUAGGAAAAUAGAUACAAAAAAGAAGUUUAUUUUUACUAUGGUGAAGUAAUAUGGAGGACGGAGGCAUGUGUGUGGUGUCACAUUGUCCCCACCUCUGCCUCUGAUAUUGAUGUCAUCAGCAAACAGGAAAUGAUAUCACUACUCUGAUGUCAUCUUUUUGUAGUACUAGUUAUCUGUAACUGCUUCGUUAUUGAUCGCUACUGUUUGUGUUUAUUUUAUUCUAAAUCAUUUCGAAGCUGAGUGAGUGAGUGUGUGUGUGUGUGUGAGUGAGUGAGUGAGUGUGUGUGUGUGUGUGUAUGUGUGUGAGUGAGUGUGUGUGUGUGUGUGUGUCACUCCUGAGGCUCUGUGAUGCCCAGUUCCACUUAAGACUAAUGUAAAAGCUGAAAGCCGCUUCUCCAUGCUGUAGUAUUUACAUAUUUACACAACAUAUUGCUUGAAUAUAUCUGACAGGUACGUUGGUCUUAAUCCAUGUAAUGACUUAUAUUUGUGAUGGAGCAUUUAGAAGUUAAUUUAAAAUAAAGUUCAAGCCAGUUCAAUUUUAUUUAUGUAGCGCAUUUAACAACGGCCACAGAAACACCAUCACCGGUCCUCUGUGGACAGAGACACAGUUAUAUCAGUAAAACUCCUGAUUUUGAUGUGUCAUCAUUUACAAAGUAACUAAAAUGUAACAAAUAAGAAUUAUUUUUAUUACAACAAACACACAUGCACGCACACACACACACACACACGCGCGCACGCAUGCACACACACACAUGCAGACACACACAUGCAGACACACACACGCACGCACACACACGCACGCACACACACACACACACAAAUGCAGACACACACAGACACACUCACAGACACACACACAUCAUUAUGUGAUCUCUGGUUAAAAAUCAGUUAUCAUUUGGUUGUAAUAAUAAUCAUGAUAGUAAUAAUAAUAAUAAUAAUAAUAAUAAUAAUAAUAAUAAUAAUAAUAAUAAUAAUGCUCUGCACUUUUUUAUAUCAGGAAAUGACAUAACUCCAUCUUUUAUUUUUUUGAAGUUCUGGGGUGAUUUAUCCGUAUAAUGGCUAUAGUUAGCGUUAUGCUACAUUAGCAUUAGCAUUAUGCUACACACAGUGAGAUCAGGGCAGGGAUAAUAUAUACCAGUGUACUAUAAUCAUGAAAUAUGAACUGGUUUUAUUGUACAGUGUGAUGAUGGUUAUCAGAUAAGUGUACCUUAUCGUACAGGUAUCGUAUCGUCCCACCCCACGCUUCAUUACAGUCAGGUUCUGUGUGAAGCUGAGUGUAUAUCAGUCAGUGUUUCAUCUUCAUGCCGUAUAGAUCUGUAUUCUUUAUUACAGUGUAUAAAAUCACUCUGAUCAGACACACUGAUCCAAUUUGAAUGUUGAGCUAAAAGAUACAAUAUUUUCUAAAUAAAAUAAAGCAGAAUUGAGGCAUAA